AUGGCUAAAAAGUCAAAGAAAGAUAAAGAGGCCAAAAAGGCCCGUGCUGAGCUGAAGAAUAAGAAGAAUCAAGACAAGGCAGACCAGAAGAACAAGAAGAAAUCGAAAAAGCUUGAUGACGACGAAGAAGAUGUUGAUAUUGAUGAAAUUUUGGAGAAUUACAGAAAAGAGCAAUUACAGUUCCACGAAAUUUCGGUGGUGCCGGUCGAACGUCCGGGACCACGUAGCAACUGCUCGAUGGUAGCGAGUCCCCUGCGUGGUAAAAGGGAAUUGAUCAUAUUUGGUGGUGAAAACACUGACCAAACGGCCGGAACGACCACUUUUUACAAUGAAUUGUUCACGUACAAUUUAGACAGCGACCAAUGGCGGAAAAUAACCAGUCAGAAUUCUCCCAUGCCGCGAUCUUCUGCUGCGUUUGCGUCCCAUCCCAGUGGUGUCAUGCUUUUGCACGGGGGCGAGUUCAGUUCGCCCAAGCAAAACACUUUUUAUCAUUAUUCUGACUCUUGGCUCUUAGACUGCGAUACUAAGGAAUGGACUAAAUUGGACCAGAAAAAUGGGCCCUCCGCACGUUCAGGCCACAGGAUAGCCAUCUGGAAGAAUUAUUUCAUCUUGCACGGUGGUUUCCGCGAUUUGGGGACUUCCACCACGUAUUUGAACGACUGCUGGCUUUUGGAUAUCACAACGUAUAAAUGGAAACAAGUCGAAUUUCCGCCUAAUCACCCAGUUCCCGAUGCACGUUCGGGACACUCCUUGAUACCGUCUCCGGAGGGAGCCAUCUUGUGGGGUGGUUACUGUAAAGUCAAAGCUGGCAAAGGCCUGCAAAAGGGCAAGACGCUGACGGACUGCUGGUACCUGAAGAUGAAGUCCGACAUUAGCGGAGUACGGUGGGAACGGAGGAAGAAACAGGGUUUCCAACCAUCACCUAGGGUUGGGUGUUCGAUGGUGCACCACAAGGGACGAGGCAUUCUGUUUGGCGGCGUUUACGACUAUGAAGAAACUGAAGAAGGCCUAAACUCCGAGUUCUUCAAUGAUCUUUUUUCAUACCAGAUAGAGACCAACAGAUGGUUCUCGGUUAAGUUACGGCCUCAGAAGAGGAAGACCGUCUUUACCCCCAAAAGUAGUCGUAACAAGGAUAAAGAGUUGGAAGAUAUUCUUAAUGAUAUUCUUCAGAAGGCUAAUAUUGUUGAUGACAGUACGGAAGAUUCAGCACAGAUUGAGGACGAAUUGAGACAACUAGAGAAGGAUGAGGACUCAGAUGAGGACGAAGAUCGGAAGGAAUACCCUGUGACCACGCAAUUGCCGCAUGCGAGGUUCAAUGCCGCAACGGCAGUCGUGGACGAUACGCUAUGUAUUUUCGGAGGUACAUGGGAACAAGGUGAAAGGGAUUACUCGAUUAACUCGUUUUACAACAUUGACCUGAACAAGUUAGACGGCGUUAAAGUCAUUUGGGAAGAGAUUUCCGAGAUCGAAAGGGCAAAGGAAUUGGGAGAAGAAGACGAAGACGACGAUGAAGAAGACGAAGAUGAUGAAGAAGACGGUAGUGAAGACGAACUUCAAGAUCAAAUGUUGAACGCGGAGGAGAGUGACGAAUCCGAUGAAGAAGUCGAAGAAGACGUCGAAUUCCCGGAUCCACGUCCAUGGUUACCGCAUCCGAAACCAUUUGAAGCUUUACGUGAUUUUUAUGUGCGUACUGGGGGAGAGUUCUUGCAAUGGGCGAUUUCUAACGACCGAUAUUCCAAGGGUAAGCAUCUGAAGCAUAAAUCGUUCGAGUUAUGUCAGGAGCGUUGGUGGGAGAGAAGAGAGCAGUUGCGUAUAGAAGAGGAUAAACUCGAAGAGCUUGGUGGUGUGGAAAAUGUGAUCGAAAGGGAUACCUCUGUGCAAACCAAGAGGAGAUAA